AUGGAUGCCCUCAGAGGUCUGGCCGAGAACAUCCCCGACUGGCAGCAGCGUCUGCAACAUCUUGCUGGGCAGAUAGACCGCAGGCAGGUCCAGCUCGCCACCCUGGCCAACGCUGAUGUCAUUUCCGACUUGCCCUGGAUCGAGAGCAUCACUCGGGCGCUUCAACUAGAUGAUGAUGGGCUUGUGGACCCCAAUGUCCCGGACCAUAUCCCAACGAAUCAUGAGUCGCCUUGGACGACUCUCCCGGUGCUCUCCGAGUAUGUUCAGGUAGAACUCGCAUCAUUGCCAAUUCCUGGCAGCGGGAGUCGUGAGGCAGAACUCCAUCAAAAGGCCCUGGAGGCUGCAAUUGCUCACUCACGCGCUCUGGCCCAGAAGAGAAAGAAGAAAAUGGCGGCCGGCUCCAUCGUGUCUGCUGAAGGUGUGCCUCCGAGAUACAUCACUCACGAUCUUAUCAUUGUGUACUACGAUAGUUAUGUGCAGAGUUUUUUCGAUGAAAUGGUCAAAUUCAUCUCGUCAAGCAGGAAUCUCAUGCGCAAGGCCAGAAUGGCAGCCAAAGUUGCCCAGAUCAAGCGCAUGGCCGAAAUCGAGAUUGCAAACGAUGCCAAACGGUCCAGCGACGAAAGAUUUGCAGUGGAUGCCCUUCCGUCCUUGAGAUAUAUGAGUUCCCGCUAUCUGGGCCCCAGAACCAACGGACAGCCGAGCUUGGAGAAGAAGUCGUCUUACGGCCGUGGUGAACCUCUGGACAUGUACGACUCACUGGACAAAAUAUUGGAUCUUGUGCAGAGCACGUGUGAACAUGGGGCACACCAGUUUUUGAGAGACGCAAACUGUUUCGAUGAUAUCAGGAAGAUCCAGGUCCUUCUCGUGGAGGCACUGCAAGCAUCCAGAAAGGAGCUUCAUCGAGCGGAGCGGGACGACUCUGGACCUGUCGAGGAAGCUGAGGAGACGGAGGAUGCACGCGUGUUUCGCCCGGCUAGCGUGAGACGAGACGUGGCUUCCGAGCCUCAAGACGAGACGAUCGUGGAAAAGGAGCAACGCUCGACCACGGACUUGUCACCGACCAAGCAGCGCGGAGGCACGCCAGAAGUUGACUCGGAGCCGGAUGAUGAACGAUUCGUCAGUGAGCUUCCCCGAAUGCAGUAUCAAUCCACUCUAUUAAUGCGCAGCAAAGCUUGCUGA